AUGCCCGAAUAUUCAUCAGAUUACAUUAGGUUCAUAGGUUACAGGUGUGUUGAACUCCACUUCGUUGCACUUCGUUUCGUUCAACUGUUUAUAGAUUACAGUAGGUUUAUAGGUUACAGGUGUGUUGAACUCCACUUCGUUUCACUUCGUUACGUUCAACUGUUUAUAGAUUACAUUAGGUUCAUAGGUUACAGGUGUGUUGAACUCCACUUCGUUGCACUUCGUUUCGUUCAACUGUUUAUAGAUUACAGUAGGUUUAUAGGUUACAGGUGUGUUGAACUCCACUUCGUUGCACUUCGUUACGUUCAACUGUUUAUAGAUUACAGUAGGUUCAUAGGUUACAGGUGUGUUGAACUCCACUUCGUUUCACUUCGUUACGUUCAACUGUUUAUAGAUUACAGUAGGUUCAUAGGUUACAGGUGUGUUGAACUCCACUUCGUUGCACUUCGUUACGUUCAACUGUUUAUAGAUUACAGUAGGUUUAUAGGUUACAGGUGUGUUUAA